UUAGCUCAAUACGGCUCAAGUUGCAGCAGCCCAUAAUUACCAACAAGAACAACAAGGCUCUUCACAACACUGGUUCCUACGUCUUUAUCUUGCAAUAACACUGCAGUUGCAUCUUUUGUGGAAUAACCUGCAUCUUCAGCUUAGAAAAUUUAAAGUUCCCUAGCUAAUUCCAAGUUCAUUAGUCGUUGCAACACGUAGAUAACCCAGCAACAGCAUCACCACCAUGGAUCUCCUAGACUCCAUAAUGAGCAAAAUGGAUAAGCCGCCAAGUGUAACUGAUAAACAAAGGAAGAUGUUAAGAGAGCAACAGAAAGCAGUUGAAGAGGCAAAAAACAAGGAGAGAGAAAGAUUAAAUCAGUUCAGAAAACUUAUUGAAGAACGAAUAAAUAGAUUUAUUCAAAAUGUCACCUUAAUGAAAAAGAAAUUUGAGCCAAUGGACAGAGUGGCAAGGAGUAUUGUACGUGAUGUAGCAGAUGUUGCUGGCCUCACUACCUAUGCCUUUGGGACUGAGGAUUUUGACCGUCAUGUAAUGGUGUUUAAGAAAGAGUAUCCAUUAACUGAAGAGGAAUUAGAUGCAUAUAAAAGUGGUGAAGAAUGGGAUCCAGAAAAAGCAAAGGAAGCAGCCCUUCUUAGAAAACAACAAGAAUAUGAAGAUGAAUUGAGAGCACAGCAACUGAAGAAAGACCCUGGAUCUAACAAGUUCAUUGAAAAAUAUGAACGCUUGGUUGGAAAAGAAACAGGCAAGGAAUCAGCCAGAAUAUUGGAGGUUAACAAACAGUUUGGUUUUGUUCGCAGUGAGUUAAAGAAGGACAAGCGAACCAUAGAGGAAGCAUUAGCAGACAUCAGAGCAAAGAAACUCAAGCGAGAUAAAGAGGAUGGAACGACAGACCAAAAGUCUCAGAGUGGAAAUGGAGCACAUCCGUAACAUUUAUAGUCUUUAGUGUUGUUAACUUUCUACAAGUACACUACAGUAAUAUGUUACAAGUAUAAUGAGUAUUUUAACAUUAUACAUGUGCAUAACUUUUGAUGCUGAAAUUUUUUUUCAGGAUUAGUGAAAUGAGUGAGAUUUACUUACUUUUUCCUCCAGAAUGUUCCUUAUAAGGUUAGUCAUUUUAAUUUACAUAAUACAAACAGCUGUGUGCAAAGUAUGCUGUUUUGAUAUGUUAUUUAUUUGAGCUGCUGGUAUUCUGGGACUAUACAUCAGUAAGAUGUUUAGGUCAUUUUUAUUCAGGUAUUGGCAGGCUUUAUAUUCAGCUUGAAUGGAAUGUUAAUACACUGGUUAUGUUACAAGUGAAGUAAAUAUUAUUCCUGUUUUUAUAUUUAUGCAAAACCCCUUAUCAUAAUUGUGCAUAUCAAAAUGUGGCUUAUGUUAUUACUUCAUAAAUAGUUGGCCCCUUUGAAUAGAUUUCCUGUCAUUCCAGUAAGUCUCAUAUUUGGAUACCACUUGAUUGGAAGAAACAUUCUGCAAAAUUUGUUUCAAUUAGCUCAUGUACUCGAGUUUUUUUUUCAACAAGUCGGCCAUCUCCCACCAAGGCAGUGUGACCCAAAAACAAAGAAAAUCCCCAAAAAGAAAAUACUUUUAUCAUCAUUCAACACUUUCACCUCACUCAUACAUAAUCACUGUCUUUGCAGAGGCACUCAGAUACGACAGUUUAUAAGUCCUUCCAAACUAUCAAUAUCCUAGACCCCUCCUUUAAAGUGCAAGCAUUGUACUUCCCAUUUCCAGGACUCGAGUCUGGCUAAAUCUAUAAUAACCGGUUUCCCUGAAUCCCUUCACUAAAUAUUACCCUGCUCACACUCCAAUAGCUCGUCAGGUUCCAAAAACCAUUCGUCUCCAUUUACUCCUAUGUAACACGCUCAUAGACACUUGCUGGAAGUCUUUGAGAUGUACUUAUUUACUAAAGAAUUUUAUUUGCAUUAAUGAAUUUUCUAUACAUAUAAAAAAAGAAAAAACAAUCCUUGGUGUUGGAUUGAACCUCGGGGCCCCAUUUUUAGAAAUUCUGGCCUGUAAUGUACAUUUUCUUCCCAACCAAAUUUUGCAGCAAUUGUAUACCAAAGCCAAGAGUGGCAUAACAGUUAAUAAUUAUAAAAAGAAAAAGGGAAUGGUGUAUUAUUUAUGAAUAAAUAUUUCUUGAAGCCACAUGUCUGUUUGUGGGUAUGAUUUUCCACACAUGGCAAAGAUAUUUUGUUGAUCCUUGCACGAGUUUACAGUGAAUUUUUUUUAACUGUUGAUUAGUCGUGUCUGUUAUUGUAUCAAUCUGUCCAUAGGCUUAGCUAGUUAUAUGGUAAGCAGCUCAGAUAACUUAAACAUACAUAUUUGAAUAGCUAUAUACUAUAUGUAGAAAAACAAAUAUAGUGUAAUACAUCUCAGGCUCAUUGUGUUUAGGCUGAAAUCAGCCUCAUGUAAGACAAUGUAUUCUAAGAGCCAGGCGUAGUAUGCCUGUAAUUAUUUAUAUACGGUAUCAUAUUGUGAAAAAAACAACUAUUUUUUCUACUACAUAAAAAUCCAUGGAAUAAUUUGCCCAAAAUGGUUAAUACAAUAUCAGGCUAUAAAAACUCAUUAUUUGUGAGAAAUGAACCAUAUACCAAUUCUUAUGAGAUAUUCAGAUUGUUUAUUUUCUUACACCUAAUAACAUAUUUAAUUCUGAUUACUCUUUUGUACAUAAUUAUGUAAAAAAAUAAAUUCCUUCUGAUUUGACUUUUAUUUCUUAGCCAAGUAUUUGGUCAAGAAGGAAUGUAUUAAGAUACCAUUUAUUACUCACUUGAGUUAUGAGAUGAUGAUGGAGUACUUGAAAGGCUGCCAUAUUGUUCCUGUGUCUCAAAAACUCUUGACCAGAAAACUUCAAGAAUUUAUUUCUGAAAAUAUAACAGUGCAUUUCCAGUACAGUGGAACAUGAAAAGUUAGCAACUGAUUCCUCGGGUAAUCGGAAUGUUUGGUUAGAUAGUUUGAAAAUGAUGUACAUUUUACUUGGAGGAAUUUCUAUGCUCGAGAGUAAAUUUUGGUUGACUUUGACAAACUUGGUAAUAACAUGUCUGGUCAUAGUUUUUUGAUUGUGUACAGGUUCUAUAUGUCUUGCCUUAAAACCAACAGUAGCUAGUUGCUACCCCAGUCAGUCAAGUUUGUUUGGGCAGGAUGCAAACUGUCUUCUACUUAGUGGGAUUUGUUAAUACAAUAGUCAUAUCUCUGUCACGAAUUUCAGGACUUGCAAUUUCAUUAAUUAACACCCAUGUUUUGAUAGCUUCCAGAUUUGGGGAUUUAUGAUUCAAAUUUUGGAAUUAUGCCAAAAUUUGUUAACAAUUCAGUACAUUAAUAAUUUUUGGUGAUCUGUUAGUUAACUGAUAUGCCAUGUUCCUGCCAUAAUGCUGACAGGUAUGGAUAUAAAGACAGUGAGCAGAAUCCUCUACUUCCUGUUAUAAUGAACUUGAGACCUGUUUCAGGAAAUGCAAUAAGUUGCAAGUCCUAUUUGAUUUAUAUUUUCCUCAUUUACCAUUAUUUAUAUUUAUUAUAUUUGUAGGGCACUCAUUCAAGUUACUGUAAAGUACAGGGUAAUUAUUAGUAUGGCAACAUUUAUAGCAGAUAAAAUUUAUAUAAGAUAGGUACGUAUGACACUGGUGAGUAUCAGUGUAAAAAAAAUGUUUUCUUUUUAGGAAAUUUCAGUGUUCAACACCAACAAUCUGCCUCAUCAUCUUACGUAUGUGAAUUACAUGAUGGUGCUUGAUAAGGCAUGUAAUUACUGGCAAUAAAAUGUUAAUAUGAGUACAGCUGAUGCACUGUGGCACCUGGCAAAUUCUAUAUUUUGAAAGGAAUUUCAGUAUUCAACUAAUAUUUUGCAUUGUAACCAUACCUAACACAUGAAUUACAUGAUGUAUGUAUACUGUACAAGAAGAAAAGGACAAUAUCUUUAGGUAAGUACAUUGAAUUUUUUUUUUAUUUUAUUGCUAUUGUGAUUUUCCCUUAAAUUUCUUUUUGGAUUUAGCAUUCAAUUUUGUUGAACUGUACAGACCCAAAGCUCAGAUUAAUCACCUUUGACCCCAAUCAAGCCAAUCUUUCUGUGUUCCACUGUACUGCUUUAGCAAAUAUUUCUGAAACAAGUUUUAGCUAAAAUGGCAACACACCUUUUGGUGAAGCAUAAGGUGGUACAGUAUCCCUUUACUCUCAGUUUAUUCUUUUUCCUGGCUUGAUUACAUGGCAGUGCUGCAUGAUGGUCUGUUCCAUUUUCUUAUUGACCUUUCAAUAAAUGCUGUUCUCCCAU